CCACAAAGAGACGCGAGCCGUCGCGACGACGCAAACGGAGUGCCUCCCGCGCGCAAUUCUCACGUGCGUUUCUACGUGUUUCCGUUCGCUCUUGACACCGCAAAUCCACCGUCUUCGUGAAACGUAACUUCCUGUGAAUCUCGCGAGCGUUUGACGGUCGCAGACGAGGGGAAAAACCGAAGGGAAACCAGAGCAUACUUCGUGCGGCUGCAAUCGCAUCGCUGCGGAGCAGCAGGGUGGAAGAUGACGUCACCGAAGAGUGUCAAGGCACGCAAGAUGGAGACUGCAACUAGAAGCUGGACAGCAAGACCGAUACUAGCCUCGGAUUUCACGGAAGUCCCUCCCUUGCAGCAGGUUUAUGUGGGCAUCUUGAAGCAACGGAAGGACACCUCCACUGCAAUCAAAAGCAUAUCCGCCGUUUGUCCGGGACUCGCUCAUUUGAAGCGCUGUUCUAACGGAAAGUUGCUUCUGGCUCCGCUUUGCUCGGACGAAUCAUCAAAUGAAAAAGACCACGACAUUUCUUUCGGUGAAAAUCAACUUAAGACUCAGCUAAAAGAGAAAGGAUUUGAUCUCUCCUUACUUGAAGAAAAAUUCCAGGUGAUGAAGGUGCCAGCUAAGGCGCCAAGGACGAAGUUACAGGCCCGCGAAGCUUCGAAAAUUUGGCCGGUAAACUUCCAUCCUGACCAAACGAUUGAGAGCCUGAUCGACGGUUCGAUCUUCGAUGAUGAUUGUCUGCACGCGAUCGAGCGAAUCAUGUCGUUGGUAAUAGAGGCUGCCAAAUUAGAGGGGGUUGGCGACGAGCGCUGCACUGGUGCCGCUGCGAUCGUCGAUCCCGAGGAUGGAAGAAUCCUGGCGGUGGCUGCCGCGAGACUCGAUAAACAUCCCAUGUGGCAUGCCGCCAUGCUAGCGGUGGAUCUAAUUGCCAGACUUCACGGUGGUGGUGCGUGGGAAUUGAACGAAGGAAAAUGCGACGAAACGAAGAAACGAACAGACACUGAGGAAGAUACGUUGGACGAUGGAAAGACAGACCCAAAUUCCACGACUGAAGAUCAGAGUUUGGAGAGGCUAAGAAGGAUCAAGAGAAGAUAUGAGGAAGAAACGCCGUUCUGCUAUCCGAAAUCUCUAUCUUCGCUACAAUUUCCGGGUCAAACGUCCCUCGAGACGCAAGUCGCACGGAAAGGACGAAGGAACAACGGUGCCAAGAUUGAGAGCUCUAAGCGAAAGGAAUGUGAUGAUAACGCUAAGAAAAGCGGUCCGUAUCUCUGCACUGGUUAUUGGGCAUUCCUGCUGAUGGAACCCUGCCCUCUGUGUGCCAUGGCGUUGCUGCAUUCCAGAGUUGCACGGAUUUUCUACGGCACUGCCAAUAGCAGCGUCGGAGUUUUGGGCUCGAGGGCGAUUUUACACACGGUACCAGGACUGAACCAUCGAUACCGAGUCUGGAGCGGAAUCCUGGAACGAGAGUGUCGACAGGCGCUGGAAGAAAUCAGCGCUCGCAAAAGUCGCGACUGAGUGAUGAAUUCGACGCGGCUCUAUUGUGAAAGAUAAUAACUCUGUAAGUGGCUGCACGGCAAUUGGUCAUUGCAGCCUCUCCCGGAAUUACUGAAGAUAUUGAUGUUGCGAAACCAGACAAAACCAAAAGACAAACACGAGAGAGGCAUAAUUUUGUUAUUGACGUCACCUGUUCGUUUGACGUUUUUACUAAUGACUUUUCAUGCGAAUUACGUUAUCUAUGCAUACAGAUGACAUUAUAAUGACAUUUUUGUGAUAUGUUAUCUCACUUGCAUAACAUAAUAUGUAUAUUUAUAUCUGACACAUCGAAAAGAAAUAAAUCCAUUUCAAUAAAAAAAAA